CCCUGAACAUCUUGUGUAUGUAUUUUCUAGAUAAAACAUGGAGAAGGCAAUCCUGUGUUUGUUAAUUGCUGUGCUGGCACUUUCCAGCUGUGGGGGUCAUAAAGAUGAGAAAAAUGACCAUGGCCACAGAGAGGGGCAUGACCAUGGACGUGGGCGCGAAGAGGGGCAUGACCAUGGACGUGGGAGUGGAGAGGGGCAUGACGAUGGAUGUGGGCGCAAGCAUGGGCAUGGAGGUGGACGCGGGCAUCAACGUGGACAUGGGCAUGAAGGUGGACGCGGGCAUGGGCAUGGGCAUGGUCGGGGCCAUGGGCAUGGGCACGGGCAUGGGCAUAGACAUUGCAACAGUACGACUAUGGAACUAGUUCGCCCAAACGGCAUGUUUGCCUUCAGUCUGUAUAAGCAGAUUGUGUCCCAGGCUAAAUAUCAGGACGAGAAUGUCUUUUUCUCUCCACUAAGUUUGUCAGUUGCACUAGCAGCGUUGACCCUUGGGGCCGGAGGCGAGACCUACGAGGCACUUUUAGACGGGCUGGCAUUCAACAAAUCUGACAUUACCGAAGAGGGGGUGCAUGAAGGUUUUCAUGAUAUCCUGCAAAACAUCAAUAAGCAACAGGGAAUUGACCUGAAAUCUGGAAGUGCAUUGUUUGUGAGUGAUGCUUUCAAGCCAAAAACAGCAUUUUUGGAAGAUAUGAAGACAUUCUACCUCUCUGAUGGCUUCACAACAGAUUUCACCAAGAAUGCAGAGGCUGCUAAAAUGAUCAAUGACUAUGUGAAAAAUGGAACAAAUGGAAAAAUUAGCAAUUUGGUGGACCAGCUUGACCCAGCAACUGUGAUGUACCUUGUUAGCUAUGUAUAUUUUAAAGGUAAAUGGGAGGUUCCCUUCAAUCCUAAAUUGACCACAGAUGGAUUAUUUAAGGUGAAUGACAAAACAAGUGUACCAGUGAAGAUGAUGAGGAAGAAGCAGAAGUAUGAUGUGUACUACGACAAGGAAAUAUCCACCACUGUUCUUCGGCUCCCUUACACCAAAUCAGUUUCUAUGAUGCUUCUGCUUCCUGACAAAGAUCUGACUGGUCUAGAGAAUGUUGUAUGCCCAGAACAUGUAGCCAAAUGGAAUAGAUGGAUGAAGGAAAGGGAAGCCCUGGUGUCUAUACCAAAGUUAUCCAUUAAAACAUCAUAUUCCCUCAGAAGCCUGCUGAGUGGAAUGGGAAUGGCAAACAUAUUCAGCAACAGUGCCAACUUUAGUGGCAUUGCUGAUGACCCUGUUCUUGUGUCUGAGGUCAUACAGAAAGCCACUCUUGACAUAGAUGAGGCUGGGUCCACAGCAACUGCAGCUACAGGAGUGGUUUUAAUGCCUACGUCUUCAAGAUCUUUUGAAACAAUCACAUUUGAUCGGCCAUUUAUGGUUUUGAUCUCAAACCGUGACACAAAAAGCAUCUUGUUUUUGGGAAAAGUAGUCAACCCAGCAACAAAAUAAGAUUGUAAAUGUGUAGUAGGUUGAGUUUAGAUCUUCUGAAUAUAAUUGAGAGCUGUAUAGGCUAGAACAGGAUGUUUUAUAAUUUGCAUGUAAACUUUUGAUCAGGAAUAAAAUUUUAACUUUCUUUAAA